AUGAGGACAAAGGCUGCAAGGGAUAGAGUUAGAAGAUUUCAAGAGAAGAAAGCAAAGACAAUCUCAGAAGACCAAUUCCUUAGUGAUGAAGACAGUGAGGAUUGCAAGGAACUUCAAUUUCCUAGUGAUGAUGGUGGAGUAGAACUUGUUCAAGUUCAUGUACCCCCCAAAAGGAAAACUAGAGUAAAGAAGGAGCAUCUAAGGAUCUGGUAUGAUGAGGAAAAACCAUUGGCACACACUCAGUUUGUUGAGAAUCUUUGUUUCAAAGAUGUGCACCAGUUCAGGAGAGCUCUGAAGAAUUACCACAUAAAGAACAAAAGGGAUUAUGCAUAUCUCAGAAAUGAUAAGGACAGAGUGAUGGUUUGCUGCAAGUAUGAAGGGCCUUGCCCUUUCUAUCUGGUAUCAUCACAGAUUGAUGGAGAGGACACCCAUUGUCUGAGGGUUUGUGUUGAACCACAUACGUGUGGAAUUACACAAGAGAGUUUUAGGAUAAAUAGUGCUUGGCUGGCUAGGGUAUUUGAAGAAAAUGUAAGAAGUGACCCUGACUACAAGGUGCAAUCUAUGAUUGACACUACCAUGAGAAAGUUUGGAGUUGAGAUUAGCAAGCAGAUGGCUUAUAGAGCUAGAGCAAGAGCUCAAGAGACUGUCAUCAACAACAAUCCUGGCAGUAGAGCCAUUGUGACUACCAUCCAGAAUCUACAGGCAAACCCUAGAUUCCAUGGUCUAUUCUACAUGCUAAAUGCCCAGAAAGAAGGCUUUCUCAAUGGUUGCAGGCCAUUCAUUGGGGUUGAUGGCUGCUUUAUAAAACUCACAACUGGAGCACAAGUACUAGCUGCCAGUGGGAGAGAUGGGAACAACAACCUCUUCCCACUGGCAUUUGGUGUGGUUGACAAAGAAGACACACCUUCCUGA